GCGAGGCGCAUUCCCGGGUUCCAGGCGUCUCCGGAGCGACUCUUUCCUCUCGGGUUGGGUGCUUCUCCUCGUCCUCCGGACCAGGGGGCCAAGUGGAGCAUGGCCUCAGUCACUGUGGCAGCAGCAAGACGGAGCCUCAGUCGAGCCCCUCCGAUCCUACUCUGGCGCGGCUACCAGACGGAAAGGGGUGUCUACGGCUACCGGCCAAGGAAGCCCGAGAGCCGGGAGCCACGAGGCGUCCCGGCGCGCCCGCCAGUUGAUCAUGGACUUGCCAGGUUGGUGACAGUAUAUUGUGAGCAUGGUCAUAAAGCUGCCAAAAUCAACCCCCUCUUCACCGGACAAGCCCUCCAGGAGAAUGUGCCUGAAAUCCAAGCUCUUGUGCAGACCCUGCAGGGACCCUUUAAUACCACAGGAUUAUUGAACAUGGGGAAGGAUGAGGCCUCUCUUGAGGAAGUAUUAGCCUAUCUCGACCAAAUCUACUGUGGGCAGAUUUCCAUCGAAACCUCCCAACUUCAGAGCCAGGAGGAGAAAGAUUGGUUUGCCAAGCGGUUUGAGGAGCUGAAAAAGGAGACAUUUACCACAGAAGAACGAAAACAUCUGUCCAAAUUAAUGCUAGAAUCUCAGGAGUUUGACCACUUUUUGGCCACCAAGUUUGCCACAGUGAAGCGAUAUGGAGGCGAAGGAGCUGAAAGCAUGAUGGGCUUUUUCCAUGAGUUGCUGAAAAUGUCAGCCUACAGUGGGAUCACUGAUGUCAUUAUUGGGAUGCCCCAUAGAGGGAGACUUAAUUUACUCACAGGCCUUCUGCAGUUCCCCCCAGAGCUGAUGUUUCGCAAAAUGCGAGGCCUAAGUGAAUUCCCGGAAAAUGUCCCAUCCACUGGAGAUGUUCUGUCUCACCUGACCUCCUCUGUUGACCUGGACUUCGGUGCACACCAUCCCCUGCAUGUGACAAUGCUGCCUAAUCCAUCACACCUGGAAGCCGUUAAUCCUGUGGCCGUCGGGAAGACUCGGGGAAGGCAGCAGUCUAGACAGGAUGGGGACUACUCUCCAGACACUAUGGCUCAGCCUGGGGACAAAGUCAUUUGCUUGCAGGUUCACGGUGAUGCUUCUUUCUGUGGUCAAGGGAUUGUUCCUGAAACAUUUACGCUCUCUAAUCUCCCACACUUCAGAAUUGGUGGGAGUGUCCAUCUGAUUGUCAAUAACCAGCUGGGCUACACCACUCCGGCAGAUAGAGGAAGGUCUUCCUUAUACUGUAGCGAUAUUGGGAAGCUUGUGGGCUGUGCCAUCAUCCACGUCAAUGGAGAUAGCCCAGAGGAAGUGGUCCGUGCCACACGACUGGCUUUUGAAUACCAGCGCCGAUUCCGGAAGGAUGUGAUUGUUGAUUUAUUAUGCUACAGGCAGUGGGGCCACAAUGAGCUGGAUGAGCCCUUCUUCACCAACCCAGUCAUGUACAAAAUCAUCAGAGCCCGAAAGAGCAUUCCAGACACGUAUGCAGAGCACCUUAUUGCCAAUGGACUCAUGACCCAGGAAGAGGUGUCAGAAAUCAAAGCCUCCUACUACGCAAAGUUAAAUGACCAUUUAACUAACCUGGCCCACUAUAGCCCCCCUGCCACUCACCUGCAGGCGCACUGGCAGGGCCUGGUUCAGCCAGAAGCUCGUAUUACCACCUGGAACACAGGUGUGCCCCUAGACCUCUUGCGGUUUAUUGGUGGCAAGUCUGUGGAAGUUCCGGAGGAACUCCAGAUGCACAGUCACCUUCUGAAGAUGUAUGUUCAGUCUAGACUGGAGAAGGUGAUGGAUGGAACCAAGUUAGACUGGGCCACGGCAGAGGCUCUUGCCUUGGGCUCAUUACUUGCUCAAGGUUUUAAUGUUCGUCUGAGUGGCCAGGAUGUUGGCCGUGGAACAUUUAGUCAAAGGCAUGCAAUGGUUGUUUGCCAGAAGACUGCUGACACCUAUAUCCCUUUGAACCAUAUGGACCCUAAUCAGAAGGGGUUUCUAGAGGUCAGCAACAGCCCGCUGUCAGAAGAGGCUGUCCUAGGAUUUGAAUAUGGGAUGAGCAUCGAGAGCCCUAAUUUACUGCCUCUCUGGGAGGCUCAAUUUGGCGAUUUCUUCAAUGGUGCCCAGAUUAUCUUUGACACGUUCAUCUCUGGAGGAGAGGCCAAAUGGCUCCUCCAGAGCGGCAUUGUGAUCCUCUUACCCCAUGGGUAUGAUGGGGCUGGACCUGACCACUCCUCUUGUCGCAUAGAGCGUUUCUUGCAGAUGUGUGACAGCGUAGAGGAGGGGGUGGAUGGGGACAAUGUGAACAUGUUCGUGGUGCACCCCACCACUCCUGCUCAGUAUUUCCACUUGCUCAGGAGACAAAUGGUCCGGAACUUCAGAAAACCCCUCAUUGUUGCUUCUCCGAAGAUGUUACUCAGGUUCCCUGCAGCUGUGUCAACUCUUCAGGAAAUGGCACCAGGAACAACAUUCACACCAGUCAUUGGUGAUUCAUCUGUGGAUCCAAAAAAUGUUAAGAGUCUAGUGUUUUGCUGUGGCAAACACUUCUAUGCCCUGCUGAAGCAAAGAGAAACUCUGGAAGCCAAGAAGCGUGAGUUUGCCAUUAUCCGUAUAGAGGAACUCUGUCCUUUCCCACUGGACUCAUUACAACAGGAGAUGAGCAAAUACAAACAUGUUAAAGAUUUUAUUUGGAGUCAGGAGGAACCUCAGAACAUGGGUCCAUGGUGUUUUAUUUCUCCAAGGUUUGAAAAGCAACUGGCCUGCAAGCUCCGCCUUGUGAGCCGACCCCCUUUGCCAGUACCUGCUGUAGGAAUUGGCACUGUUCACCAGCAGCAGCAUGAAGAUGUCCUCACCAAGACCUUUGCUUGAUGAUGUGUUUUGAAGAAAUAUAACAACUUACUGUUAAGAAAACUGCCAUGAAAAGUAACGCCUGCUUCCUCUAUCCUCCCCUUUUUCCAUUAGGUAACAUGAAAAACCUGUAUUUCUCUAAGAUGGGACUGAUGAGGACCAUUUAAUCUGAAAUACAUGGAAUAGCCAAGGGAAUCAAUACAUGAAUCUGACAAAUAACUUUUAUCCUUAAAUGUACAAUCAUGUUACAAUUUGGUUAGAUCUGAGUGAGUUAUAGAGCUAGGUUGUAAUCCAGAUUUUUCAGUCUUUACUCUUUCUCAUUAACUGUAUAUGCCCAGGGAAGUUCUUUAUCCUGAUAUUAUAGCUACAUAUAGAUUACUUCAAUAUUACUUCUCAAUUUGUUUGAUGGGUGUCACUUUCAUUAAUUUCCCCUUUAUUCAAAAUCCAAUAUUUUCAUUUAUGUCAUUUUUGGUGCUGUUUUCCAGCCACUGUGAAAAAUGUCUCACCAAACACUGUAUCAAACCUAUAUUAUUUCUGAUUUGAGUUUUUCAAGAUUGUUAUUUUACUCAUAAUCCUUAAACCUCUGGAUGUGAUCUUAAUAGUAUUAUUAAGUUAAAGAGUUUUAACUACAAUGACAUUGAUUUGUGGUCUGCUUUACCACAUUAUCUUUCCUAAAUUGUUCUUGUGGUAGUAUUUUCAUAUUUUUAAUUGACUUUGUGUAUCUGAUAUAGGGAUUUCAGACCCUGGUUAAUCAGUGUUGCUUCUAAAAAUUCCUGCUGCAGUGUGAUGUUUAUUUGUGGUGUUAAGGAGCACCUUAACUUUGACAGUGGGGUCUUCCCAUUGCCAGGUACUUAGGGAUUUCUAGGCAUCGCCAACCCACUCCCUUAUUCUGAAACUAAAUGGUACCAGAAGCAUAACUAAACAGUAGCAAACUCUGCAGAUUUACAUGGCUUGGUGCAGCAGAGACUCUAUCACUGACCAUUCUUGUGCCAUGACACUGUUUUUCUCAGAAAUGAUGGAGGAAGUACUUGGGCACUGGAAUGCCCUCUUUACUUUUACUGGCAACUGGCUAUGUCUUUCAGAAUCAAUGUAUAAAUUGUCCUGGUCACAGCAGUAGAUUCAUGAUUCACAUCAUAAAUGUAUGCAUUACUGCAUUGAUUUAACAUUUCUGUAGUAUUCAUAUCCCUUUUAUUCCUAUACACCUUAAUGCUUCCUUUCUGUGUCAAGUCCUAUAAAUUAUUUAACUUGGUGCCAGUCAUGUAAAUCACUAAAAUUACAAAGGUCUAUUUAAUGGGAACGGUCAUCAAUGUUGUAUAUUGAACUAGGAGAAAAUAAAAGUACAGUGUCUUUUUUUUUCAGAUCUUUUGGUUUCUUGAGUUAAAAAAAUUUAAAAGUGUGAGCUCGAAAAGUAGAUUUUUUUUUUUUUAGUUUAGUGUAGUGUAGCUCUCUCCAAAUAUCUAACUUUAUGCCUCGCAACUCUGUUUAUGGUUUCUUGUUCCAUCUUCUUCAACUUGAGCCGUGAGCUGUGUACCUUAUCUUUCUUACUUUUAAUCACUACAGCAACAUGGGUCAGCAUUUUGAAUUCCUUUGUAGGAAGAGACCAUUUGAAAAAUUCCAAAUCAAAUAUUUCCAUGACAAAAUAUGGGAUUAAAAAUAUAAUAAGGUAAAUAUUUUACUUUAUUUCUUUUAAAAAUUUGAUAAUGUGAUAUUUGUAUCCCAUUUACAUCUAUCUACACUAAAUUUCAUAUUUAAUGAAGAAUAGAGCUCAAAUUGGGUGUUCAGUUUAUAGAAAUUUUAAGAACCAUGAAAAUGUUUAAUUUUGUUUAAAAUGAUAUAUUAUUCUUUGUAAAAAUAAAAUUUUAUUCCUUAUAAGAA